AUGCAAACCAAGAUCGCCGUUUCUUUGCUCCUCGCUAGCCUGGCGGCGGCUGCUCCUCAGGCUACAGGCUCAAGUGACCCGGAUGAUAUAAACAUUCCUGCCAGUAUCCAGGGCGAGCUUUUCUCCGCUCUACCUACCUCGGUGCAAUCGGAGCUUCUGGCCGACCCCACUGGUGCUCUCCCCUCAAUCUACAGCGAGUAUGUGACCAAGACCGAGUGGAUUUCGAGCCUACCAUCGGAUGUCCAGAGCUGGAUCAGCGGCGCCGAAUCCUCGCUCUCUGAUAGUGCGUCUGAUUCUGGCUCUGGCUCUGCCACGGCCACGGCCACAGCCACUGCCACUGCCACUGCCACUGCGACUACCACUGCCACUGGCAGUGACAACACCACCCUUACGGGCUCUUCAUCUGGCACAGCCACCGACUCCAGCAGUGGAAUUACAACCACCACCGCCGAGUCAACCGCAACGACCACUGACUCCGAGACCUCUGCCAGCAGCAGCGAUGCAGCUUCCAGCAGCGCCGGAUCGGAGACUUCGACUGGCGGUGCCCCGGCUGCCACUGGUGUGGGAAUGGGCCUGGCUGGUGCUGCCGGAGUUCUGGGCGUGGCGCUUUUCCUGUAA